ACUUUCAAAAAAAUUGGCGCUGAUAUUUUUCACUUGAACUGCGCUAAAUGUCUUCAAGUUUUAUAAUAUUUGUGGAGUGUAUUUCGUACCCACUGGUCUACAGUAGGUUAAGCUAUGGAUAAAAUCGACUAGAUAAUUCGAUAACUUUUAAGAACAUCCAGGGGAAAGAACAAAAAUUGCGCGCCAGUUAAAUGAAUUUUCAAAUUUGUUCUUUAAAGUUUGCUACAAUUUUACCGCAUGUUAAAUAAUGAAAAACCAUAUUGUAGUUUCGUAAUAGUUACUAAUUCAAGCAAAAACAAAACGGUUAGAAAAUUGAGCACGAUUCAAGAAAGUGAAAUUGCACCAGUUUAAAGAAAUUUCGUUAGAUAUUCAAAUGCAUGCUUCAAGCAUUAAAAAAGCAUAGCUUCCAGUUCGUCACCACUGUAUACGCAUGUGUUAAACUCUUCGCGUAAAUCCACAACAACAAGGCACUAUCAAUUAUCACCCUGAACUAGGAGUCGAUCGCCGAUCGUCUCUCUGCCGGUGGUAUAUAAACGUUAACCCCCAGUCGAGAUGCAUCAUUCAGUAUUCAGUUCUGCAGCAACAGUGUUCCAGUGACAUAAAAAAGCCCAAAGGAUACAAGCUUGUUAUCUACACACACAUCUAUUCUAUCAUCAUGCAGAAGAAUACAAUUUGGUAUGCGGCUGUGCUGCUUGUGCUCUACCUCACCCUAGUCUUCUGCGAGGAAACAGAGGAAAGCGCUGAACCUCCGGCCGCCUUGGAUAACCAAACGGAAAGCUGGGAGAAUCUAGGCCGGGAACUGAUGGAAUUCGAGGGACGUACCCGUCGGCAUCGUCACCACAUGUUUUGGUACCGCCAUCUCUGGCCCUUGGCCAUUGCUUACUUUAUCAAGGUGAAAGUGGUGAUCGUUUCGUUCUUCGUUGGAAGCGCUAUUUACUUGGGUCUGCGCUACUUCUGGCCCCAUGCCAAAUGCAACCAGGAGAUCAUCCUGGAUCAUCCUCCUGCGUCGUACAGUCAUCACGAUCACAUUCCCUACUCCCUCGAUCACGAUCAUUCGGAGCACUACGAUGCGCCGACAUCCUUUGACUCUAGCUCUGGAUCUAGCUUUGAACCAUACUCCGGUUACAGCAGCUAUGCCGCCUCGGACAUAGUCUCUGAUGUCCACGGCGACUAUCAUAGUGACACUCCGACGGGUCCUUCCGAUCUGCAUCGUCGUGGUAAGCGCAGUGCUGCUGAGCAGCCGGAAAUUGAGAUUGAGGAUGAUGAGCAGGAACAAGAACAGGUAGAAAUUGUGGACGAGGAGAUUUCCGAGAGUGUGGCCCGUCAAAUGCCCGCUGAAGAGCAGAUUGCGGACUUCAUGUUCGCCUUCUUGGGCCUCGACUCCAAGGCUUGUCGCCGUCGCUUCGUCUGCGAAAUGGAGUUCCGAUCAAAGCUGAACCCCUUGACCAGCAUGGCCUUCCGCAUUGUGGGACGCGGCUUCUUCGAGAAGUAUACCAAUUCGCGCAAUCCCGAGGCCAGGGCCAACAGCUUCAGCGAAUGCGCGGCCGUGAAUCCCGAGUGCAUAUUCGUCGAGACUGGCGAGCCUUCAGAAGCCGAGGGCCAGCAGGAAGAGGAGCAGGCGGCCACCGAGCCCAGCAGCUUGGACUCCCAGAACGAGAUCAACCUGCAGGCUGAGCGGCGAAAUGCCAAGCUGCGCAAUCGCCGCGGCGAUCGUAUGCUAAGCUCAAUUGCCGAGCACAUUCUGAUGCAGUAGUCCGGAUCGUAGAUCGGAGUGAUGUUGGAGCGAUGUGUUCAAUUAAUCUAUUUAUUGUAUUUAUUUAUUUUAGCUAUAAGAGUGAAGAACGUACCCAGAAUGGAAACACAAAAUAAACUUGCCUCAUCUACAUAUGAAAACAGAACUAGAAAUCUCCAUGAGUCAAGAGUUACACAGGGGAAAAAAA